AUGCUGUCCAAAACGCUCUCUAAGAUCCUUCUGUUCGUUUCAAUCGCUUACGCAAUCCCGUCACCGAAAACUAGACGUGAUGACUCCAUACUUCCUUUCUCGACGGAAGGUCGAGAUAUUGUCGACAGUAAUGGCAACGUCUUCCAAUACAAAGCGACCAACUGGCCCGGCCACCAGGAGAUCAUGAUACCCGAAGGCCUACAGCACGCCUCAGUCGCUGACAUCGUGUCAUGGAUUCCCAAAUUUGGACUUAACUCUGUGCGCCUGACUUUUGCUAUCGAGAUGGUCGACGACAUCUACAGCAACAGCCCAAACCAGACACUCGAGAAGUCCGUCAUCAAUGCGCUGGGACAAGAGAACGGGACCAUUGUGCUGCAACAGAUCCUUGACAACAACCCAGAGUUCACGAAGGAGACGACGAGGCUGGAGGUCUUUGACGCAGUCGCAAAGGAGUUGGCAAACCAGGGAGUGAUCGUUCAUCUGGAUAACCACGUGUCGAAGGCGUUCUGGUGUUGCGGGGAGAAUGAUGGGAAUGGCUGGUUUGGAGAGAAGUACUUCGACGUCGAGAAUUGGAUCCGCGGGUGGUCGUUCAUAGCGAAGCAUGCGAAAGAAAACUGGCCUACCUUCGCGUCGGCCGGUCUGCGCAACGAGCUCCGCAACGCCGCGAGCGCUGAACCGGUCGAUUGGUACACGUGGUACGUCCACAUGACUGCUGCUGCAGAUGCCGUUCAUGAAGCUGCGCCGGAUGCCCUCCUUUUCUUCUCCGGGCUAUCCUAUGACACCUACAUCGACCCUAUCCCGCUUGGUAAGACUUUAAACGGCACCGCCGGUACCUCGACGGCCAACAAAUCCGCGAAGUUUGUCCCUAGCAACUUCCCCUGGAACGACAAGAUCGUUCUUGAAAUCCACAAAUACGACUUCGAAGCGACCCAAGACCCCUGCCCAACCUUCAAAUCCAAAUGGUACAAGCAGGGUUUCCAAGCCGUGAAUGCCUCGGAUCCCCAGACCGAGUACACCUUCCCGAUGGUGAUCACGGAGUGGGGCUUUAUCCAAAACGGGACGUAUUGGAACCAGACGACGUACAACCGGUGCUUGAUCGAGAUGGUGGAGGACUAUCAGGUUGGCUGGAUGCAGUGGGAGCUGUCCGGAAGCUUCUAUCUGCAGACGAGACUGGGGAGAACGCCGGCGACGAUCCAGGGCCUGGAGGAGUUUUGGGGAUUGCUGAACUACAACUGGAAUGAUGUGCGGUCGCCGGUUACGGUUGAGAAUAGUUUGGAUAAGUUGAUCCAGGCUUUGGACUGA